UAACUAAGUGUUUUACUAAAAUUACUUGUUUUUCUACAGAAUUUCUUGGCGUCAUUGUUCUUGAAGAUCCAUCAGUGUCCUCAGUCGCAACAUUUUCAAGCGUUUGUACACUAGCUGCAGGACUUAAUCCUUGUUCUUGCUUACUUUGCUUUCCUUUUUGGGAAUCCAAAAGCAUAGUCCCAUAAUGUCUAAGUUUCCUCAUUCAUCCCUGAGCAGAGAUAUGCCUGAUAAACACAGACGUGAUGCAUCCAGAAUGGGCCCUUUCUCGAGUAAUCAGCCUUUAUCAUCCGGCUUUGGUCGAUUAGGCCCAAGCUCUAGUCGUCUUACCAGCUUGUUGGACCUAGGUCCAGCCUCUAAAUUGGGCCCUCAAGGAUCCCGUGGCAUGAUGCCCUCUGGCACCUCUUCUCAAAACUUGCCAUCCAUUUUUAGCCUUGGUAGUAGAGGUCCACCAUCUUCUCAACCAUCCAGAGAUCCUGAUCAGGCCAGUAAAAUAUUGGCCAGCUUUGGUCUUUCCUCUAGUGACUUGGAUGAGCUGAGUCGCUACCCUGAGGAGAAGAUCACUGCUGAGAACUUGCCUCAGAUUAUUGAGCAUCUUAAAAGGAGGAGGGCAGAAGACCUAGACAUGCUAAGGAGAGAGAGACUUUCUCACGAUACGCUGAGAUCGUCACGUGAUGACUGGGAUGACGUGAGGCCCUUCAGACGAGAGAGUUUUGACGAUCGCCCGUCUAAUCUCAAUCCUGUGGUGGACCGUGAUCACGGGAGUCGCUCUCGAGAACUUGCUUAUCGAGAGAGGCUGGAUAUGGAUGAACGGUUAAGAGAUCGAGAAAGGCUUAGAGAUGACAGCUUCUUAUCUGAAUCCCCUUUUCGUAAGCUUGAAAGUGAUUAUGAUCGCUUGAGUUACAUGCGGACACAGGAAAGAUCUAUGUUUGAAAAGUCAAGAAGAAUGCCAUCCGGUAGAACCUUUGAUGAUUUCCAUGGACUUGCGCCUAAAGACUACCCCCAUCUCUGUACUCUGUGUGAUAUACCUUGUAAUUCUAUUAAGAACUGGAAUGAACACAUCAAUGGAGGAUACCAUAGAAAGCAACGCCUGCUGCUUGUCGACUUAUAUCCAGAAUUGGCUGAACAUGGAAUGGCCGAUCCUUACAUGUUGCAGCAGUCAACUAAUCCAGCCCCUGGACUUUUGGGACCUCCUCCUCCAGCAAUGCCCAUGAGAGGCGGUCCUGAUGAUCGACACGGGAACUUUAGGGGCCACCCUGGGCAUGAAGAUAUGCCAGGACCAAGACAAAUGCCAAGGAAAAUGGGCGGUGGCAGGGUUGUUCAUAUCAUGGAGUUUGAACGAGGAAAGAACCUGAGGUUCCAGCUUCUGAAACUCGCUAAGCCCUUUGGAACAGUUGCCACCUGUUUUAUUCUGAACAAAAAGAACGAGGCUUUUAUUGAAAUGUCCAUUCCAUCGGAGGCUCAUGCUAUUGUUGAUUACUACAGUAAUAAUCCAGCUCUUGUGUUUGGAAAACCAGUUCAAGUACACAUGUCACAAAAAUAUAAGCGGAUUAAGAAACCUGAAGGGAAAGCUGAAGAAAAACCAGAGGCGAAAUCAAAUGGGAGAUCAGGAGAGAAGGAUGAAAUUGGCCGUGUUGUACACCUUUCUAACCUUCCGAAAUCUGGCUAUACUGACAACGCAGUUAUAAAGCUGGCUGAGACCUACGGAAAAGUGAAGACCUACAUACUGAUGAGAAUGAGAAAUCAGGCUUUUAUUGAGAUGGAGAGGAUAGAAGAUGCGCAAACUAUGAUAGAUUCUUGUGACAACACCCCUCUCCUUUUCCAAGGGAAGCAUGUGAAAGUAGGCCUCUCUCAGCGUUACAGUAAACUUGUACUAAGAAUACCAAAUGCUUCAAUUGAAAAACAAAAAGAGAAGGGCAAGAAGAGAGCUCAUUCCCCAGAUCGGAAGAAUGGUAGCAAACCGAAGCAGGUUAAGACUGACAAAUCGGAGGCCAGCGAUGCAGACAAGUCCUCCCAAGUUGUCACCACAGAAGAUAAUGACCCAAGCACUGAAGAGACUGAUCUGAAGGACCUUGUGUCUGGCUCAUGUGAGCUUGCAGAUGAAACUGGUGAUGAAGAAGCAACUGCCCUCUUUGAAACGAGCAGCUCUGUAGGAGAUGGAGCAGAAGUACCUGAUAUUGGUGAUCUGGAUCAAAAAGAGAUGAGUGAAAACCAAGACGAGGCCCAAGAACCGCUUUCUUCAACUCCUAUAGUUGGAAAAAAAAAGAACUCACAGAGAUUUCACGGGAAUAUGGAAGACUUUGUUACACUGGAUGAAGUUGGGGACGUGGAGGAUAUGGAAGGUCACAAGAUGAAGACUGAUGUAUCUGAAGCUGCUGGAACUGAGAAGGCUAAAGCAGCGAUGAGCUCCGAAAUGGCC